CUCUCCCUGUCGCGUGUAAACGACGUCAUCUUUAAGCUCACAAAGUGUGGCUGACAGCUAAAAUAAGCCACACUGUUGGAACAUCCUUUCUUCGCCUAUUUGAUCACAUAAGAUGUCUUCACUUCUAAAGGUGGACAAUGAAAUUAAAACCAAGGUGGAUGCUUUCAGGGAACGUAUCACUUCAGAAGCAGAAGAUUUAGUUGCGAGUUUUUUCCCAAAGAAGUUGCUGGAGCUUGAUCACUUCUUAAAGGAUCCAAUCAUAAACGUCGCUGACCUGAAGGAGAUCCACUCGGAGAUCAACCUGACGGUGCCAGACCCAAUUUUGCUGUCAAACCUGAGUGACGGACUAGAAGCGCAAAAUGCCAAAAAGAGAAAGCUCGAGGAUGGAGGAGGAGAGGACAAGGUGACCGGCACCAAGGUCUUUGUCAUGCCUGGUGGGAUGAUGAAGAGCAACGGAAGCCUCGUUGAUCUCAUUGAGAAGGUCAAACCAGAGAUCAGGACAUUAAUAGAGAAGUGUAACACGGUCAAAAUGUGGGUUCAGCUGCUCAUCCCGAGGAUAGAAGAUGGCAACAACUUUGGUGUGUCAAUCCAGGAGGAGACAGUAGCUGAACUCAGAACAGUUGAAGGAGAGGCAGCAUCUUACCUCGACCAGAUAUCAAGAUACUACAUCACAAGGGCAAAGCUGGUUUCUAAAAUAGCUAAAUAUCCACAUGUGGAGGACUAUCGGCGCACAGUGACGGAGAUUGAUGAGAAGGAAUACAUCAGUCUGAAAAUCAUAGUUUCUGAGCUCAGAAAUCAAUACGUAACGUUACACGACAUGAUCCUGAAGAACAUCGAGAAGAUCAAGAGACCUCGAAGCAGUAACACCGACGCGUUGUACUGAUCCUUAUCUCAGCCUUCACCCCCCCAACCCCACCCCAUCACCCCCUCGUCACCCCAUCACCCCCUCGUCACUCCAUCACCCUCGCCGUGUCCUCUGAGCUGCAGCAGCCCGGUCCGCUUCCUCCGGACCACAACUAGACAUUCGCCAACGUCAGAACAAUCAACCCGGCCCCCAGUACAAUAAUGUUUGUUUUGUUUUAAAUGAAUGUGUUUCUCGUUUUAAAAACCCCUUUAAAGGAAAUGUCGAGAUAGAUCGCACAUGCGUCUAAUAAGCGCUAUGUAGUAUUUAUUUUGAAUUAAACAUUUCGUGAGAUCUCUGUGAAAUUGUUUGUUUUAUAGUUGUUUGACAAUAAUCCAGUCAAGUGGUUUGUUUCAUUCCCACUUCGCUGGAUGUUUAGAUUAGUCGUUCAUCUUGAGGAACGUCGCUUAGUUUUUACUAUACAUACACAAUGUUGUUCUUGCAUAUGAAUACCAAGACGCUUUUAGAUCCAGCGACUUACUCGUUUUCAGUGAAAAUGUGUAAGUCACCAAAGCGCCUCAUUCAUUCUGUUCAAAAAAUACCUUUUUGAUAAUGAAUUUAUUCUGGCAUUUUUGAUAUUGGAUAGAAGUUGCUUGUGUUUUCAUGCAAAUAUCCAGAUGUUGAUUUACGCAUUCAUUAUGUACAAUUGUGUUUAGGCAUUAAAAUUCCUAUUAUUUGAAAA